AUGCCAAAAGAAGAGCCUCGAGGAGUUCGCAAGGGCACCAAAAGCUGCACCGAGUGCAGACGACGCAAGGUUCGUUGCAUUCGACUCGCCGAAGAUGCAGAAUCUUGUAGGCAGUGCGAAGAGCGGGGGUUGGCAUGUAUUGCGCAGACGCAGAGUCACGGACGAUCCCAGAGAGAACGGCUACCAUCGCGGUAUAGAAUAGCCCAGCUGGAAUCUCAAGUAGCCGGUCUAAGCAGGGCAGUUCAUGGCAUCGAACGGGAGCUCGGGCAUCGGCCUACUCAAAUCCUCGAACCCAGGGGUAAUCUGGGAGCAAGCGCGUCCGAGGACGAUGACGAUGACGAUGGCUCCAGUUCAUCAGAAGUCCUGGUAGCGGAGCAGCCUUCGCAUUUGCGUUCUCUUUUCCAGAAUGACUGGCUAAGCCUGGAUAGUCAUCAGCAAGCCCAGCAGCUACAGGGUCGAAGGGCACGGGCAUCUGCGCGUCUGCUGGACGAUGCAAGACGAGCAUUACAGCAGCUGAUUCCGUCAAAGGAUGAGAUAUCACACAUGGUUAACUCGGCAUGGGCUUUCCUUCCGCUGGUCCGCCACAUGUUCCCGGAUCCAUAUGGAGUAGUUUCAGAGCAGGAGUUAUUGGAAAGCUACGAGGGCAUGUGCAAGCCAGAUGUGGAUGCGAUACGCCUUGCUUCAUGGUUGCUUGUUACUGCUCUCACGGCACUACAAACCUCCCCGGAACGUGGAUAUUCGCGCGACGAAUUGAAGAGACGGUACCGGAGGCGUCUGUAUUUUUCUCGCAUAGUCUGUAACACGGUUCAGAGUACCAUACUAUCUCACGAUAGACUUAUGGGCACAGUCCAGGCGCUCGGGCUGGCUGCUAGUUUUCUUCCACUUCAAUUAGCUCAAGGGAACAUCCAGAAGGCGUGGAUUCAAUUGCGUCACACUAUCGCUAUUGCAGAGUUGGUGGGAUUACCUAGAGCUUUUCACGCGGUCCAGCUCAACAAAACUGCCGGAGCAGACGGGGAUGAGACACAACACCACAAAGCACAGCUAUGGCAGUCCUUCUGCAAUGCAGACAGGUUGCUGGCAAUGAUAAUAAACCUCCCACCUGAGACCAGCCGAUACCAAUGCGUCUUGCAGACGUUCGCUGCUGAAGACAUCCUUACCCCCCGGGUCUAUCUCAGUCACUUGAUGGAGAUAGCCGCCAGAAUCCCCUACCUGGAUAAUGUAAAUGCUGGGCGUCCAAGCUCUCCCUUGGAGCUCACCCGAGAGCUCAGACAGCUUUCAUCACAGACACCGAAAUCCUGGUGGACCGGAGAUACAGAGCAAAUAAGCCCUCGCCACAUGGUGCAGUUCAUCCAUCAUUGUGUCAUGAUGAGGGUCAACUUGCCGUUUGCAAUGCGACAGGGCUCUAAUGAAGAAUCCAUCUACAGUCGUCUGGCCUGUAUGGAAGCGUGCGAAUUGCUGGCGAAGCGGUAUCAAGUCAUUCGUCGAAGCCUUCCUCCAGGCGUCUUCGUUUCCCGACUGUUGGAUCUACAUGUAUUCACCGCAACCGUGAUUCUUCUCCUCAUCUCCCACAGCCCAACCCCGAUGGAUUGUUUUAAUUUGCGCAUUGAUAAGCCUAAAAUAGAUGACAUUGUUAGAGGAGUCCUCAGAGUCAUGACCGAAAGAUCAAACAACACUACCGGCUCUGACUUUGCCCGGAAAGGUGCUGCUACCCUUCAAUCUCUAACCAGACUACUCCAACAAGAUGAUGCGACUGCCUAUGCGCAAAAUCUGACUCUGACUAUUCCACUCUUGGGAAGGGUCCAUAUCCGACGCAACUUACAUCCUCCACAGAUAACUGGGACUGAUGAUACACAGUCAUUCCAGACUUCAGAACCAGCCCACUGGAAGUCUGAUAUGCAGUUUGUUCCACAGAAUGGGCAGCUGCCUUUUAAUACAAACAGCCAAAUACCGGCUACCUUAGAAGAUCAAGAAGGGCAGCGGUUGGAAAGUUAUCUUUCGUGGUCCAUUGAAGACACCUACGAAAACUUGCUUCAGGAUGCUCUCAUGGCAGACAAUUUCGAUCAAUUGGUGACAGGGGAGAAUGACUAUUUUUAUAAUGGCUUUUCAUUUAGCUGCUAA